AUGUUUAUUCAAGCAGAAGUUACACCUAACCAGGAUUCCUUAAAAUUCAUUCCUGGGGUUCCUGUAAUGAAAGAAGGUGGCACAGCAGAAUUUCUUUCUGGAAAUUCUGCUUCGAUUUCACCUUUGGCUAAAAAGUUAUUUCAAAUAGAAGGUGUUCGUGGUGUAUUUUUUGGUCCAGACUUUAUUACCAUAAGUAAAGAUCAAGAUACACCAUGGCAAUUAAUGAAACCUGACAUAUAUGCAAAUAUUAUGGACUUUUUUGCAUCAGGUCAACCUAUAAUAACAGAAGCUCAACCACCAUCCGAUACAGAAAUCAAGGAUGAUGAUCCCGAAGUUGUUCAAAUGAUCAAAGAACUAUUGGAUACUAGGAUUAGACCUGCUAUACAAGAUGAUGGUGGUGAUAUCGAAUAUCGAGGAUUUGAUAAUGGAAUUGUGAAAUUAAAAUUAAAAGGUGCUUGUAGAUCUUGUGAUUCAUCAGUAGUGACACUUAGAAAUGGGAUCGAAAAUAUGUUAAUGCAUUACAUUCCCGAAGUCACUUGUGUAGAACAAGUAUUGGAUGACGAAGAUGUCAUUUCGCAACGUGAGUUUGAAAAAUUUGAGAAAAAAUUAAAUUCAUAA